CAACCCCCUCUCCCGCACACACACACACACACACACGCUCGACCCUCCUCCAACCCCACCGCCCCACCAUGGCCGCCUCCACCCUGUCCGUCUGCUCCAGCGACCUCAGCUAUGGCAGCCGGGUCUGCCAGCCCGGUGCCUGGGACUCCUGCCCCAACUCCUCCUGGCGGGUGAACGAUGCCCCAGAGAGCUGCUGCGAGCCCCCCUGCUGUGCCCCCAGCUGCUGCGCCCCAGCCCCCUGCCUGAGCCUCGUCUGCACCCCUGCCAGCUAUGUGUGCAGCCCCUGCCAGUCAGCCUGCGCCAGCUCCUGCACGCCCUCAUGCUGCCAGCAGUCUAGCUGCCAGCUGUCCUGCUGCACCUCUUCCCCCUGCCAGCAGGCCUGCUGCGUGCCCGUCUGCUGCACCCCUGUCUGCUGCAAGCCCGUGUGCUGUGUGCCCGUCUGCUCUGGGGUCUCCCCCUGCUCAGACUCCUCAUGCUGCCAGCAGUCUAGCUGCCAGCGCUCGUGCUGCACCCCCUCCCCUUGCCAGCAGGCCUGCUGCGUGCCCGUCUCCUGCACACCCGUCUGCUCUGGGGCCUCCCCCUGCCCAGCCCCCUCGUGCUGCCAGCCCAGCCCCUGCCCCCCGUCCUGCUGCAAACCCUCCUCCUGCGUGUCCCUCAUCUGCCACCCCGUGUGCAGGCCUGCCUGCUGCGUGCCCGUGCCCUCCUGCUGCAGCCCCGCCUCCUGCCAGCCCAGCUGCUGCCGCCCGGCCUCCUGCGUGUCCCUGCUCUGUCGUCCCACGUGCUCCCGCGUGGCCUGCUGCAUCCCUGCCCCGGCCCAGAAGUCCUGCUGCUGAGUGAUUAAAGCCACCCCAAAGCUUGAGAGCUCACUGCCAUCUGCAGCCCCUGGAUUCUUUACCAAGAGCCAAAACAGCUGUCAAGCCCCCUUCGUGGGCCCCUGCAGUGGGCAUUUGUGGCCACCUGGCCACACAUGUGCAGUCGUCCUCCACAGAAUAGCUCACCCAUUUCUUCAAGGACUGACUUUCCCCAAAUCAACGUGCCCUGCCCCCAGCCUGGGUUGGCAGAGACCCAGCGAGGCCCCGGACUCCCCCAGGCCUUUGAAGGUCCCGUGGAGUGGAGCAGAGAAGAUGAACCACUUGGAGUGGGUUUCUCAUCGCUGCCACUGGAUCCCGGUGUGGCCCUGGCUCCUCCACUGGUUCCUGAGCUGGUUUCUUUACCUGCCCCUCGUUCUGUGAGCUGCCAGUCCCUUCCAAUAAACUCCUUUCCUGAUGAAUUUAA